AUGUCUUCAACUAUUGAUGAGUAUAAAACAAGUGGUUUAACAUUAAUCAAUACUGCUCAACGAUAUAUUGAUACUGAACCCAUACAAAAUGAAAUUGCUUCUAUUGAUAAAUCAUGGUCGGAAUAUGUUGAAUAUAUUCUUGAUACAAUUGAUUAUAUUCAAUUACAUCAAGAAGAUUUACGUGAAUUUCAUCAAUUAUCAAAGGAUUUAAUUGAUACACUCAAUGAAAAACAAAUACAAAUGCCAACAAUAAAUGAAAAUGAAUUAAAAAAUUUUCAUGAUGAUUUAGAAAAAUAUUAUGAACAAGUUGAAUUAUUAAAUCAAAAAGGUGAACUUUUAUUACAAAGUUCCGCCGUUAAUUUAAAUGAUGAUAAUGAAAAUAAAAUUGAACGUUUAUUAGAAACAAUUAAUCGUAAUUAUGAUAGUUUAACUAUUAAUACAAAAGUUCGUCUUGAAAAUCUUCAUAAUAUUCAACAAUCUGCAACACCAGCAACAACAACAACAACAACAAUAACAACAGCAGAAGAUGAACAAAUAUCUCCAGAAAUUACAAAUAAAUUAACUAAUGAACUUCAUCAUCAUAUAGAAGAAACAGUUUUAGCUAUGAAUGAAUUAUCUGAAUUAUUAGUAUCAUCAACAAAUGAUACAAUAUCUGCACAACCAAUUAAAUUAAGUGAACAAUUACUUGAUAAUGCUGCUGUAGAAAGUGAAUUAGAACGGCGUAAAAUUGCUCUUGAACAAUUUCAUUCAAAUAUAGAAACACUUAGACAAAUGACAACAAAUUCUGAAGAUAUCGAUUCAAUUAAAGCUCUUGAUCAAAAAUUUACUGAAUUAAAUGAUCAUUGGUCAAUAAUGAAAAAAGCUAAUGAUAUUCGAACAGAAAAUCUUCUUUUAACACAAACAUGUGCUAGUACAUUCUGGUCACAAUAUAAUGAACUAUCAACAUUUCUUAAUAAUAUUGAUAAACAAUUAUCACAAAUUCGUCCACGUUCAACAUCACGUGAACAUAUUGAACAUGAAAAAGAAAAAUAUAAUCAAUUAAUGAAUGAUUUUUCAACUAGUGAAAUAAAAUUUAAAGAAAUUCUUCAACAACAUGGUGUACUUUUAUUAACAUUAAUAUCAAAUAAUCAAGAAGAAACAGAAGAUAUUCAACGUAAUUUAAAUGAAUUAGAACAAGAAUGGAAUCGUAUUGAAACAAAUUUACAUCAAUGUCAAAAUCAAUUGGAACAAGCUAUGAUUGAAUCAACUGAAUUCAAUACAAAAUUAGAACGUGUAUCAACAUGGUUUGAUGAUACAUCAUUUCCAUUAACUAUGGAUAAUGAUAAUGAAUUUGAACGUAUUCGAAUAUUUAAAGAACAUUUAGAUUGUAAAUAUCUUGAUAUUAUUAAUUUAAAACAAGAUUAUACUGAUAUUGAACAACAUAAACAACAACGAACUGAUGGAACAAUACAACAAGAUCAACAUGAUAUGGAAGAAACAGAAAAAACAAAUCUUGUUGAAGAACAAUUAAUUAAUAUUGAUUCAAAAUGGACACGAUUAAAUGAUAAAAUACAAGAACAUAAAACUCUUAUCUAUGAAACUGCACUUCGUCAAAAUCGUAUUGACGAUGUAAUUACUGAUAUAAAUCAAUCAUUAGAUAAUUGUUCAUCAAAAUUAUUAGUUCUUAACAAUAGUUCUUCUGAUAAUAAUUUAAAUGAUAUGAAACAAAUUGAAAUUUCUAUUGCUAAACUUCGUAUACUUUUAAAUGAUAUUGAAUUAAUAUCAUAUGAUAUUGAACAAUUAAAACAAAAUUCUUCAGAAGAUCAAAAUUCAAUAUCAUCAAUAAAUACUCAAUGGGAAGAAUUACUUAAACAAGCAACUGAUAAAUAUAAUAAUUUAGAAAAUAAAUUAGAAUGUAUGAAAUUAAAACAAAAAACAAUUGAUCAUAUUUAUUAUGAAUUAGAUUUAAUUGAUAAACAAGUUAAUGAAAGUACAAUAAAUACAAAAUUUCCUUUACUUGUUGAACGUUUAGAAUUUAUUGAAGAAGAAAUCAAUAAAGAAUUUGUAAAUGAUAAUAAUAAUCAACAAAUUGAAGAAUUAAAAAAACGUUUAAUUGAUGUUAAACAACGAACAUUAUCUAAAGGACAAGAAUUAAUUGAAUUAGCUCAUUCAAUUGAAUUAUUUCAUUCAUCAUUACAAAAAUUUACUGAAUGGUUAAAUGAAACAGAACGUUAUUUAAAUAAUUUAAAACCUGUUCAACGUCGUUUUGCAUUAAUUCAAACAUUAUUAAAACAAAUUGAUGAUCAUGAAUUAUUUCAAACACAAUUACAAACAUAUAAAGAACAUCUUAUUGAUUUAGAUAAAUUAGCAACACAUUUAAAAUUUGUUUCACCUAAAAAUGAUUCAAUUUAUAUAAGAAAUUCUUUAAUAGCUGUACAAACACGUUGGCAAAAAAUUCUUACACGUACAACGGAACGAACAAAAGAAUUACAAAAAGCUUUUCAAGAAACUAAAAAAACAAUUCGACCUGAAGUAACAGAUAUUGAAAGAAUUAAAAAUGAAGUUAAUCGUCAAGCAUCACUUUGUACAUGUUCAAAGAAAUAUGAUGUACAACAAGUUUCUGAAGGACGAUAUCGAUUUGGUGAAUCACAAAGUCUUCGUCUUGUUCGUAUACUUCGUUCAACAGUUAUGGUUAGAGUUGGUGGUGGUUGGACUGCACUUGAUGAAUUUCUUGUUCGACAUGAUCCAUGUCGAGCCAAAGGUCGUACUAAUUAUGAAUUACAUCCUGAAAGUUAUGCUUUACGUGAUGGUGUUGCUCAAACAAUGACAUUAUUUAAACCAAGACUUGUUACUGUUCAUCGACCAACAUGCCUUUUUCAUCAACAACAAUUAGCAGCAGCUGGAACAUCGAAACAAUCACCUGUUACAACACCAAUUCGAGGAGCAAAAGAUAAAUCUCGACGAACAUCAUCAACUGUUUCUUUAAAACAACAACAACAAAAUUCAACAUCUAUUGGUGAUUUAUCUGUAUCAGGUGAUGAUCUUUCAACAUCACCUCAUGUUCUUAGUGACUCCGAAGCGAAACCAUCACAUAUACCAAUAGCUGUAGCUGCAACUACUCCAGUAACAUCAACAUUGAGUCGAACAUCAAGUCGUGAAAGUGUUCUUUCUGAACAUUCAAUUGCAUCAACAUCUUCACAACAACGACGACCAAGUAAACUUCCAUUACCAAUAUCACGACAUAAAAAGACAACCAAUGGUACAACACCAAUAAAAGAUGAUGAAAACCGUUCAUAUGAAUUAGCGGCAUAUUUUACACAUUUACAAUUACAACCAAUACAUAAAAUAAUGACAUUAAAAUCUGCACUUAAUCGAGCAUGUAAAUUAAAAAGUUAUAAAACUGCAACAAGUUUUGCGAAACGUUUAUUAGGAUUAGGACCAAUACCUGAUGUUACUCAACAGGUAUUUCGUCUUUUUCCUAUUAAAAAAUAA